CAGUCCUUUUAUUUCCUCGAGUGACCUUUGGUGCGUUGCUUAAUUUAGUUUUGCAAUGCCGGGAUACGUUUCCGACGAAUAAUGUGAUUUGAAAACGAUUAUUUUGAUGAACAUACUCCAAGGCGACCCAUACAUCGACGGACAAUGAACCUUAUCCCUAAUACCCUGUGAUCAUAAUCUUCCCUAUCAUUCCAUUAUAAUGUAAUUAAAACGCCAUCAUUACCAUUCCAUAUAAAAGGCAAACGAUAUAUUUACAUAGAAACUUCUUAUGACAGUUGCAAUAGUAAAUUUAAGUGAAUAAAUAUAUUUUCUAUAUUUUAUAGAAUUUUCCGAAAGUGCCACUAACAGAUAUAAAUACGCUGUAAUUUAUGGUCCCUUCAUGUAUUAAAAAAAGUUACAUGUUUGUAUUAUAAUUAAAAAAAACUUAAGCUAUAUUCUAGUCCGAAUCUACGUAAAAUAAAAUAAAAAUCUUUGCAGUAAUUAUUUAUAUCUAAUUACCACUUCUAUAUUCCAUCACAUUAUAUACGUAAAAUAAAAUACCACCUUUUUUCCACUUACCUAAUUACUACUGUAAUUUCUAGUUACAACCUAAUUACCACGACCUAAUUCCUAGUUACAACAUAAUUACCACGACCCAAUUCCUGGUUACAACAUAAUUACCACGCCUAAUUCCUAGUUACAAACUAAUUACCACGGUCCCUAAUUACCAGCACUAACCGUGAUGUGCUGACCUUACGAUGAGUUCCUCCCCAGCCCUCGAGCCUUCCUCCCCCUCUGCCACCACCCCCUCUUCGCCUGCGUUGCGGCCGCCGGAAUACCCGCCAUUUCAGACGUCCACGCCAAAUUACAUCGCGAAGAAGCCGAAUAACCCGUCGCUGAACGUGAUAUUGCCGGCGCCAGCCCCCAUCACUCCACCCACAUACGGCGAGCCAACGCUAACCCCGCCCCCGCGCUCCCCCGGCGCGGCGCACUCCCCCGCCACCCCCGCGUCGGGUGACCGCCACCACCCGCCCGACGGGACCUCGUCCGAUAAGUCGUCAGAAACAGCGGUUGGCGGCAUAUCGCGUACGCCGUCCACAGCGUUAUCCCGCAAAGAAAGUUAUAAGGCCCAGAGACAACACUAUAGGAGAGAGAAAAAACGGGCUGCAACUGCGUUACUGCACUCUAUAGAGGACCCUUCCGUUGUGGUGCUCGCUGAUUGGCUGAAGGUCCGUGGCUCGCUCAAAUCAUGGACGAAGCUGUGGUGCGUGCUGAAACCUGGUCUUUUGUUGCUCUACAAGAGUUCUAAGGCAAAGAGCAGCCACUGGGUAGGCACGGUUCUGCUGACCUCCUGCCAAGUGAUAGAACGGCCGAGCAAAAAGGACGGCUUCUGCUUCAAGCUGUACCACCCCCUGGAGCAGAGCAUCUGGGCGCCGCGCGGGCCCCACAACGAGACCAUAGGUGCGGUGGUGCAGCCCCUACCGACGGCGCACCUGAUAUUCCGCGCGCCCUCGCAGGCGGCGGGGCACUGCUGGCUCGACGGCCUCGAACUAGCCCUCCGCUGCAGCAAUGCUAUGCUCAGGUGUUCCCGUUCCCGUCCGGAGCAGACAGUGCCGGACGCGCCGACCACAGACACUAAUAUAUCUCACGAAGAGCUCGAGAAACAUUUCAACGAGCACGAGCUAGCGGGCGCGGCGUCCGACACGGACAGCGAGGCGUCGCGGACGAUGCCCGAGCCGGAGCUGCGGCGCGGCGCGGCGCAGCGCAGCGCGGUGGAGCGCAUCGAGGCGCUCUACGUUGAAGAUCCGGACAGAGAAACGGGCGCGGCGGGCGAGCUGGUAGAAGAAGUAGCAGAAGAGAACAAGUCCCUCCUGUGGUUCCUGCUGAAGCAGGUGCGGCCAGGAAUGGACCUGAGCAAGGUCGUCCUGCCCACCUUCAUCCUGGAGCCGCGGUCUUUCCUCGACAAGUUGUCUGACAACUAUUACCACGCGGACAUAUUGGCGCAGGCUCAACACGUAGAAGACCCGUAUACCCGUUUCAAGCUAGUCCUACGCUGGUACCUAUCUGGCUUGUACCGCAAGCCGAAAGGGCUUAAAAAGCCCUACAACCCCGUUCUAGGCGAGACCUUCAGAUGCUGCUGGAAGCAUCCAGACAGCAGAACCAAUACGUACUACGUGGCUGAACAGGUAUCUCACCACCCGCCUGUGUCAGCUUUCUACGUGUCAAACAGGAAAGAAGGAUUCGUCAUAGAGGGAAGUUUAUUAGCAAGAUCCAAGUUUUAUGGUAACUCGACGUCAGCCAUCCUGGAGGGCUGCGCGAGAGUGCACCUGCUGACGUGGGGGGAGAGCUACGUCACCACGGCGCCCUACGCGCACUGCAAGGGCAUCGUAAUCGGCACACUCAGCAUGGAGCUGGGGGGGAAGGUGCACGUCAUGUGUGAGAGCACCGGUUAUAGUGCAGACAUCGAAUUUAAAUUAAGGUCAUUCCUCGGCGGUUCGGAGCAGACGAACCUAAUAUCGGGUCGUAUUAAAAAGGGGAAGGACACCAUUGCGACGGUCGAGGGCUACUGGGACGGCAGGAUCGACAUCCGGGACAAGAGGAACGGGGAGGAAGCGACCCUUCUCGACGUGGCUGUCCUGAAGGAACAACGACUGACCCGCUACCUCAUGAAGUUAGAAAACCAGCAAGAGUUCGAGUCUCAACGACUCUGGCUACGAGUGUCCGAGGCCAUACACAACGAGGACCAGGUGGCUGCAACAGAACAGAAGACAAUAAUAGAGGAGGCGCAGCGGGCGCGGACGCGCGCCACCAUCGCGCCGUGGGUUCCGCGCUUCUUCCACAAGGAGAGCCACGUGGUCUGUCCCGACGGCGUGCAGGACCAGGGCUGGCGGUACAACCACUCCAACACGAGCCCCUGGCAACCCUCCGAAGUAUUCGAAUACGAGGAAGACUUCGUCAUCACCUCAGCGGUUGGCAGCACGAGCUCGAUGCGACCCGAGCGACUCGAGAGGCACUCGCUCGAGCGGCACGAGCGACUCGAGCGGCACUCGCUCGAGCGACGCGAGCGAUCCGACUCGGACUCGCGACAGGAGCUCGCUACGAGAUCCAAGCAUGCACGAACACUAAAGCAGACCCUCAACUCCCUCGACACGACCCUCCGAGAGCAGAGCGUCACACUGGAGCGGCUCACUCGGGCCGUGGAGCAGCUCGACCGGAGGCCCCAGACCACCGCCAGGCUGCCCAGCGCCGGGUACAGCUGGGACCUCUUCUCAGGGUUCGUGAUAGCCAUGGUACUGCAGGCGGUACUUAACUGGAUGUUUUACAACAAAGACUGAUUACUGCUUUGAGUUUUCUGUGGACACAGAUGGUAACAAUAUUUGGUGUUGAUUCCUUUUUAGGUAGGUACACCAAGGUGUUUGCAACGAUUUUGACACGCAGUGCAAGUGUUAUAUACGUCAUUAUUUCAUAGAAGUUUGACGCUUAAAAUGACACUUGCACUGCGUGCCAGUGGCGGCGCGUCAAACAUAUCGAUAGGCAAGCCGGGGCUAAUUUGGCUUACAUAUUUCCUUUACUACUCUGCUCAAACGUCCAAAAACAGGCAAGACGGUGGGAAUCGGAUUUUAUGGACGCGCUGCCACUGCUGCGUGAGCUAUCAAAAUCGAUGCAGGCUUAUAUCGGUUUGACGGUUUGAAUUCAAAAUUGUUACAUAUUUGCCGUGACUUAUUUUUCAAAAGUGUUUUUCAAUAAAAAGUCACGUCUAGAUUGUUCACCUUUUUUCUAAUGCUACAAAAACGAACUAUAGUGAUUUUUGUGUAUAUUUGACCACUGAAAGGUAAAUCUGUUUUUGAACAGCUUCGUGAAACUUGUAUAUAAAAGAACUUUGAGAAUUCGAUGAAUUAAUUAGAUGAAGCUUUUGGAGUAAUUUGUUCGGGCUUCAGAGCAUUUCCAUAAAAUAUGUCAUCAAUUUGAAAAUAUAAUAGGGGCCAUUCAAAUAUUACGUAAGCAGAUUUAUUACAAUUAUUUAACCCCCCCCAUCCCCCUAGUCAGCAAAAGUAAGCAAAGCUCUUACCCCCUCCCCCCAUGCUUACGUAAACGUUUUUCAAUUAUAAUUGUAUUUUUUUUAUAUUAUAAAUAUAAUGUUAUAAUUAUAAUUUUUCUAUGUUAUAUAUUUUUCAUUCAUUAUUUUUUCUAUAUUUUGUAUAAUUUUUCUCUUAGAUACAAUAAUACAUAUCUAGUUCCUUGUCGGACUUUGCUUGUAAUUUAUAAUUUCGCCACACUUCGUUAACUAACUUUUGUACAUUUCAUACUUUCGUACUUGUAUGAAUUUUUUUUAAACUUUCAAACAAUUUUUGGUAGGUAUAACUUGGAUUUGUCUAUUUGAAACGACAUCUUAUAUAAACAUUGAACUUUGGCUAAUGGAAUUAACGGUAACACAAAUGUUAACUUGCUUUGCUAUGCUUACAAUACGUCUACUCGCUAUAGUAUCCAAACGAAACAAUACACUGACAGAGGAAAUUUAGACAAGUGAAUAGCGCGCGGUAAUUCCUUUCUAAAGCAAUUCGGUUCUAAAGCGAGUGCCUGAACGUAUGCAUUAUUUGCGGGAAUCCCCGAAAAAGCGUUUCGUUUUCAAGCAUAGACAAUGUGAGGGUUGCCAUUCGUGUAAAAAAGUAAAUAACUACCGAUGACGUAAUCAUCAUCUAGACUCCCCUACCCCCCAUGUCAUCCAAAAUAAGCAAAACAAAGACCCCCCGGCCCCCCACAGUGCUUACGUAAUACUUGAAAGGCCCCAUAACAGAAAGUGAAAUAAAAAAUUGAAGUAAUUUAUGAUAAAGAAUUACGGAAUGAUUUAUAUUAUGCUAUUGUGAUUAAUUCAGGAUGAAAUAGUCUCAAUUGCGGGCCAAAAUUAGAAAAAUGCGGCAAAAUAUAAAGACAAAUGGAAUACUUUGGAGGAGGCUUUUAUCCGAAGGGGGUCCAUAUAAUAACCUCUAGCCGCCCAUACGUCAAAACUUGCCAAGCAAAAUGAAAUUUUAUUUUGUCAACACAAAGUUCAAAUUAGAAUGGAAAAGGAGACCUUUUUAUAGGUCUCUGGGCGGCUAGGGGAUAUAAGUGAGUCGCUUAACUUCAAACUCGGGUAAAUCCAUCUGUCAGAUUAUGCGAUUUUGGUAUUAAGAAAACGUAAUAGGGUAGAUUUUUGCUGAGAGGGUCCAAUGGAUUUACCCGAGUUUGAAGUUAAGCGACACAAGUUACCUAGCUGAUUUUUGUAAAUAAUAUUAGUUAACUAAUACAAUUAUUGCAUGAAAAUCUAUUGUUUAAAUUCAACAUCUGCACGACAUUCAAAUGUACAGUCAGCAGCAGAAGUUGCUAAGCGGGCGACGUGUUCAAAAUUACCUCGACACGCUUAUUCUCUUAACAAUAAAGGCGCGUCAAGAUCAUUGUGAACACCUCGCCCGCUUAGCAACUUCUGCUGCUGACUGUACUAAUAUUUAUCUUAUGUUAACGAUUUUUUUAAUUGUCUUAAUUGUAACUUAUUAUUAUUUAUGGAUUAUAUAAAGCUUUUUAUUUAUUUAUUGUGAUUAAUUUAAUCAUUCUUUAUUGUAGCAAGUUUUUUUUAUUGAAGAUUGGCAUAUGCAAUUUCAAUGUGCCCAUAUGUUAUUGUUUGUAUUUCCUUUCGUUAAGGUUGUUAUUUAUUUUAAUGUAUAUACAUAAUAUACAUUUUAUUAAGGGGUCAUCCAUUAAUUACGUCACACGUUUAGAGAAAAUGUGACAUAUUGUGACAUGGGGGAGGGGGGAGACACAAACUUUGUGACGUCACUUUAACUUCAUCAGUAACCGAAAAUUUAUUUAAAUUAUUUAGUUCGCUGUACAUUUAAAUAACAAGUUUUUAAAACGAAAAUAGUUUUUAAUCGUUUAAUUUUCUAUCCUAAGCAGUUUUGGGUUAUAAAAUUACUAAUAUUUAUAUCGUCAAAAAUAUUUUGAUAAAAUAUUAAUAAUACUUAGGUACUUACUUAAUUCGAUUUGGCGAUUUCGUAGAAAAAAUGUGACGUCACACUAGGGGGGGAGGGGUUUGCCAAAUAUGACCAAGUGUGACAAGGGGGGGGGGUCAAAAAACCUAGAAAUUGGUGUGACGUAAUUAAUGGAUGACCCCUAAUGGUAAUUAAAUUUUUAAAAUUUUAUUUGUUACUUUUUGUAGGGCCAUGUAAAAGUAGGAGGCAAUGUGAUAUUGUCUGGUCGAAAGUUUUACAGAAGGGGCCAGCAUAUGACACCUGUCAUUCUGGUAUUUUUGUCUGAUUUUUAUGGCCUUGAGGCGUUUGAAAUGUAUACUGAAUAUAAUGACGGAACUAUACUUAUCCUCCUAUAAAGGCCCAGGGUCCCCCCUACAGUACUUAUUCAGUUCGAUGAAAUUUAAAUCAUAUUCAAUUGGAACAGAGUCGCAUUUGUUUUGUUUCGUAAAAUUUUCAAUCUAAACCAAAAUCAACUCUAUUCCCUGCACUAAAGGUUCAAAUUUCAGUGGCAAAUUCUGGAUUGUUCUUUUGUAUGGCUGGGUCUUAGGAGGUUAUAGUUUUCGGUUUUGUCAUUUUGGCUAAGGAACCCUAACAAAUAAAACACAGUAAGGUUCGAAUAAUAAAAAGUAAUCACUUACAUAAGAUGUUUUUUAUUCAUAUAGUAUUUUUGCAAACAGGAAGGCUACGCUGACAGAUGUCAUCUUAAUACAAUUUUGCUGGAUUUCGCAUCUUAUAGUUCGUUUUUUUAGCAUUAGAAAGAACUUUAAAGAAGGUAAGCGAUCUUGACAUGUCUUUUAAUGGAAAAACGCUUUUUAAAAAUCAAAAACUAUUACUUAUGAAAGCAGAAGAAUAUAUUUGAUCGUAUUAGAUUCAUAAUUGUUACAUAUUUGCCGAAACUUAUUUUUAAAACGUGUUUUUCAAUUAAAAGACACAUCAAGAUUGUUUACCUUAUUUCUAAUGCUAAAAAAACGAACUAUAAGGUUUUACAUUGUAUGGAGAUCACACCUGUCACCGUAUCCAUUACGUUAGAAAAAUGCUAUAACUAUAACGACAAAUAACAACAUAUAAUAACAAGAAAUAUAACGACAUUCCAUGAAUGAAAAAUUUGCUAAUGAUCUGUGUCCACUAGUGUUCUAAGAUUGUGUCAUGACACUUGACAUUGUCAGAAUUGACAGUGUCAUAGUGGUUUUAGUCGAAUUCCUUGCCCUAGUGCUUUCCAUAUAAAUAGGUAUGUUUCAUUGAUGUCAGAAAAAUGUGUUUUUGUCAUAUUUAUGAUUGCUGUAGGGUGAAUCAACUUCGGUUGUCAUGGUUACGUCUCCUGAGACACUAGAAAUCUAUUAUACACUGACUUACAGGACAGUAAAAACAAGGAAAAACCAAUUGAUUGACCCUUUAGCAAAAAUAUGUAUACAGUGAAGGUAUAAAACUUUGCUCUUUAACAUAACUUUGCCCACCGCACUGUGACGCGGUUGGCAAAGUUAUAUUAAAGGGCAAAGUUUUAAAAUUAUACGACACGGUUUUCUAAUGUCAAUGUAAGUUGAGUAAUUUUAAGGCUAUUUUGGAAUUAUUUCCUUGUAAAUUUGCGAAGAGCUUGAUGCACGAUUAUUAUUGGUUAGUAUACUUGCCUUUAUAUCGGAGCAGCCAAGGUGUUCAAAAAAAUCUGAACAUUUACUUCCUUGACAAUAGAGUUGAAAUAUUGACAAAUACAAAGUAUAUACGACUUUUAGAUUGUUAAAGUGAUGCGUUCCAUAAUUUUUUAUAUCGUCGGGUGACAAGCAAAAGUCACUAACUAACGCCAUUGAAAUUAUUGGACAAUAAACCGUGUUACAAGUGUAAUAAAGUGCAUUGUUACUUUAAUUUUUUGAUAGUACUUAGUACAUUAUGUAUUAAGGACGGUAAACAAGAAUUUAAGAACGAGUGUGAAUUGAAGCCCGAAGUCGAGCGAGGGCUUAAUUAAUACGAGUCCGUAAUUCCUGUACCGCCCGUCGGAAUGCACGAAGAUUUAUAUUGGGCUGUAACCGCGCGACUAUUGACGUCUGGGACGGUCAAAUGGUUAAGGGUUAAGGGAUAAGUAAGAAUAAUAAUCGUGUAUUAUAGACUUUCUAUGAAUUAGCCAAAAUUGAGCUUUCAUUGUGAUUGUGAGUAGAUUUUUCAUGCCAUUUGUUAUUUUGCUAAUGUUUAAUGUAAAUGCUGACCCCCUUAUUCAUAAACGUUUACUAAAGUUGACAAGCCGAUAAUAAUUUGUCCCUUUCCAUCAUACCAAUACGUCGGAAAGGGACAAACGAUUAUUAUCGGCUUGUCAACUUUAGUAAACGUUUAUGAAUAGGGGGGUAUUGUUUAAAAUUUAAAGCGUAUAAAGACAAUUGUAUAAGGAAUUGUAUAUAAUAAUGUAUUUCUAUGCCUCGGCCAGUGGAACUGUUAAGUGUAGAAAUGUGGGUUUCCCGGGAAAAAGGGACGCAAUAUAACCCUCUUUUCUGAAGAAACCACAAAUAGUUAAUAUCCUGGUCAAAGUCUUGUAACUAUGUUUUUUUUUUCAAAGGAAUAUAUUAAUUUACACAUCAGCAUCACACUACAAUUUUAAUGUUCAAGGUUCUUGUAUCAAUAAAUACCACUUAGUAAGGACGCUAA